UUGAACGCUUUCCAGCCAAUCAGAUUGAGGCUUCGAGGGAGGAGCCGUUGGUGCACUCUGAUCAAGUUUGUACGCCCUGCACCACAUACAAAACAGCACCUGAGAGAAGUUCUGCUUGUACUGAACUGAGUGAAUAUUCAACACGUACAGACUUUGAAAGUUAUGGGGAAAGAUCCGAAUAAGCCGAGAGGGAAGACUUCGUCCUACGCCUUCUUUGUGCAGACAUGCCGGGAGGAGCACAAGAAGAAGCACCCGGACACGGCGGUCAACUUCUCCGAGUUCUCCAAGAAAUGCGCCGAGAGAUGGAAGACCAUGUCUCCUAAGGAGAAAUCAAAGUUUGAGGAAAUGGCCAAAAACGACAAGGUACGUUACGACCGGGAGAUGAAAAACUACGUGCCACCCAAAGGCGCAAAGAAAGGGAAGAAGAAGAAGGACCCGAACGCACCCAAGAGACCACCAUCUGCAUUCUUCAUCUUCUGCUCUGAUCACCGGCCAAAGGUGAAGAGCGAGAACCCGGGCAUCUCUAUCGGUGAUGUUGCGAAGAAGCUGGGUGACCAGUGGUCCAAACUAUCAGCCAAGGAUAAAACUCCGUACGAGCAGAAGGCCAUGAAGCUGAAGGAGAAAUACGAGAAGGACAUUGCUGCGUACCGCGCCAAGGGAGGAAAGACAGACGGUGCGAAGAAAGGCGGACCAGGGCGGCCAGCGGGCAAGAAGGCAGAAGUCACAGAUGAUGACGAUGAAGACGAGGAUGAAGAGGAUGAGGAGGAAGACGACGACCUGGAUGAUGACGACGACGAGUAAAUUUAUCAGGAAUUUUGUGUUGAUUUGUUUGCAAAGCAAUGUGAAAAGCGUUUCUUUUUAAAAAAAUAAAUAACUUUUUUUUUUUUUUUUUUUCAAAACAUGUACAGAGAUGUGUAUAGAUGAAAUACAUAUUCAGGUCAUGUACUGUUUUGUAAAUUUAACAGUCGGUUUUGUUAAGCACUGCCUCUUUUUUUUUUUUUUUUUUUUUUUUUUUUUUUAAAUAUCUCAAGCUGUGGUUUCUCUCUUGUCUCUAUGAAAUUUGUUUCCACUGGCAUUGUAAGGAAAAACGAGGAACACGGAUGUGUAGUUUAAUCCUCAAAACAAUUUUUUAGACGUUGAGCUUUGAAAUAUUGUGUAGACGUUUUUUAUAAUAAAAUUUUGUAUAUUAUGAUAA